UCGCCAAAAUUCGAAGUUAUUCGUGGCGGAUCCAUUGACGAAAGAGGCUGAUUGUGUUAAACAAAAUGAGGGCUUUAGCGUUAGCUUUAGUCAGUUUACUGGCAAUUUAUUCUGUUAAUUGUGAAGUGUAUUUUGAAGAGAAAUUCCCCGAUGAUUCAUGGGAAUCCAAUUGGGUGUACAGCGAGCACCCCGGCAAGGAGUUCGGCAAAUUUAAGUUGACCGCUGGGAAAUUCUACAAUGACCCCGAGGAAGACAAAGGUCUGCAGACCUCUGAAGAUGCGAGGUUCUACGCUCUGUCGCGCAAGUUCAAGCCAUUCUCCAACGAGGACAAGCCUCUGGUGGUGCAGUUCUCUGUGAAGCAUGAGCAGGACAUUGACUGUGGAGGCGGUUACCUCAAGGUGUUUGAUUGCAAGUUGAACCAGAAAGACAUGCAUGGUGAAACUCCCUAUGAAAUUAUGUUUGGUCCUGACAUCUGCGGUCCUGGUACAAAGAAGGUGCAUGUAAUCUUCAGCUACAAGGGCAAGAACCAUCUUAUCAAGAAAGACAUCCGCUGCAAGGACGAUGUCUACACUCACUUGUACACGCUGGUUGUGAAACCUGACAACACAUAUGAAGUGCUCAUUGACAAUGAGAAGGUGGAAUCUGGAGACCUGGAGGCUGACUGGGACUUCCUACCGCCUAAAAAGAUCAAGGACCCCGAAGCAAAGAAACCUGAAGACUGGGAUGACAAACCUACCAUCCCCGACCCUGAAGACAAGAAGCCCGAGGACUGGGACAAGCCUGAGCACAUCCCUGACCCUGACGCCAGCAAGCCUGAUGACUGGGAUGAUGAGAUGGACGGCGAGUGGGAGCCCCCCAUGAUUGACAACCCUGACUACAAGGGCGUGUGGGCCCCCAAGCAGAUCGAUAACCCUGCAUACAAGGGCGCGUGGGUGCACCCCGAGAUCGACAACCCUGAAUACACGGCCGACAACACACUGUACAAGAGGGAGGAACUUUGCGCCGUCGGUCUCGAUCUCUGGCAGGUCAAGUCUGGUACCAUCUUCGACAACUUCCUCAUCACUGAUGACCUGGAGGCGGCCAAGGAGCGCGGGGAAGCACUCAAGAAGACUCUAGAAGGGGAGAAGAAGAUGAAGAAUGAACAGGAUGAAGCCGAGAGGGAGAAGGAGAAGGCGGAGAAGCCUGAUGAGGAGGAGGAUGAUGAGGAUCUCGAUGAGGAAGCCGGAGAAGCGGCGCCUGUUGAUGAGCACGACGAGCUGUAAACUAGUGAAGUAGUGUUAUAGACAAUAUGUACCGCUGGUACGGAGUGCGCCGGCCGAUAGCAACAGCCGCCAUUUUGUGUGUUUUAUUAUAUCCAUUAUUUAUGUACACGGCAUUGUGGAACACUCGAAUUAUCAGUUAUACGUCGUCACUUACUUUUAAACACCCGGGGUUGGGUUUUGCCAUUAGGGAUGCACUAUAUCGAUAUUUGUCGAUAUCGAUACUGCCAUUUUUACUUGUAAGAAAAACUAGAUAAACCCGCAAAGGUUUAUGGUUUUAUUUUAAUUAUGUAUAUUUUACUGUUUGAUAAAAAAUAAUUUUUCCUUAGCAAACAAUUUAAGUUGUAAAAAUUUAAGAAUAGUCGUGUGAGUUAUCGAUUGUAUCGGCUUAUAUUGAUUAAAUAUCGAUAUUUCAUUGCAACCCUAAUUGUGAUAUCAUGCAAUAUUCCUUGGCUUAAUGUUUUAAGUAAUGACAGAUGUGUGUUUGUAUGUAUAUAAAGGAAUCGCGCUCUUGUAUGUUUUGUUGCGACACCGUGUGUCGUGUCUGUGUGUCUGUAUGUCUGUGUUUGUUGUACAACAUAGACUUCAAACUCUGUUGUACAAUGAACGUUUGUAAUGAGUUCUCAGUUUACGUUGUGAAAUGAGUCUGAUUAAAGUUAAUACCAAUUUUA